AUGGCAGCGGAAGGCAACACUGAGGAAAACCCUGAAGCAACCGCGGUUGGCUCUGUAUCGGAAACGCCAGCAGAUAUUGAUUUUGAGGCUUUGCAUCCACUUUCUCCGGAAGUGAUUUCUCGCCAGGCUACAAUCAAUAUCGGUACUAUCGGUCAUGUGGCUCAUGGUAAAUCUACGGUUGUAAAGGCCAUAUCGGGUGUACAGACAGUCCGAUUUAAGAAUGAAUUAGAAAGGAAUAUUACGAUCAAAUUAGGGUAUGCUAACGCAAAGAUUUAUAAAUGUGAGAACGAAGCGUGUCCAAGACCUGGGUGUUACAAAUCGUAUAGAAGUGAUAAGGAAGAUAACCCGCUAUGUGAGCGACCUGGCUGUGAUGGGAGAAUGAAACUGUUAAGACAUGUCUCGUUUGUCGAUUGUCCUGGUCACGAUAUUCUGAUGGCCACUAUGUUGAACGGGGCAGCAGUUAUGGACGCAGCCCUUUUAUUGAUUGCGGGAAAUGAAACUUGUCCACAACCACAAACGAGCGAGCACUUGGCUGCCAUUGAGAUUAUGAAGUUGAAACAUAUUAUUAUUCUGCAGAAUAAAGUUGAUCUGGUCAGAGAGGCUGCUUGCCAAGAGCACUAUCAGAGCAUAUUAUCAUUUGUGAAAGGGACUGUUGCCAAUGGAGCACCGAUAAUUCCUAUCUCUGCGCAAUUGAAAUACAAUAUAGACGUUAUUAACGAAUAUAUCGUAAAAAGAAUCCCGAUUCCAGUACGAGAUUUCUCAUCAGAUCCCCGCUUGAUUGUAAUUCGUUCAUUUGAUGUAAAUAAGCCUGGUGCUGAGGUAGACGACUUGAAAGGCGGAGUGGCGGGAGGCUCGAUAUUAAGAGGUGUAUUAAAGAUUGGUGACGAGAUUGAAGUAAGACCGGGAAUUCUAAAAAAGGACAAUGACGGACAGAUUCAUUGUCGGCCUAUAUUUUCCCGUAUCGUGUCUUUGCUCGCGGAGCAUAAUGACUUGAAAUUUGCUGUUCCCGGGGGAUUAAUCGGUGUUGGCACCAAAAUUGACCCGACACUGUGUCGAGCGGAUCGUUUGGUCGGUCAAGUGCUCGGUGCGGUUGGUAAACUACCCAAAAUCUAUACAGAAUUAGAGAUAAACUAUUUCCUACUUCGAAGGCUACUAGGUGUUAAGACGGACGAUAAAAAACAAACAAAGGUAACUAAACUCGAAAGAAACGAAGUAUUAAUGGUGAACAUUGGAUCUACGUCGACGGGUGGACGCGUAGUCGGUGUGAAGGCUGACUUGGCAAAGAUUCUGCUGACGAGUCCUGCAUGUACUGAAAUUGAUGAAAAAAUAGCUCUAUCGAGAAGAAUCGAUAAGCAUUGGCGGUUAAUUGGUUGGGGUAAAAUUAAAAGAGGCACUACAAUUGAACCUGAUGCAUAA